GAGGCUUGGUAGAACAGGAGCCGGCAGGCAGCGAAGUUCUCGUGCCCUGCAGACAGAUGCGAGCAGGCAUAGGGGGUGCUCCAACCUGAGCUGGGGUGAAGCUUCUGAAGAGGACAAGACGGCGACUGCGAGAUGCAGGCGGAGGAGCCGCGCGCCCCGGGCGCGCCCCAGGAUCCAGGCGCUCCGGAGAGAGGCCCGCGCCCCCGGUUCCCCGAGCCGCGCCUGUCGGGCCAGCUGCUGCCCGAACUCUACGGCUUCGUGGCGCGCGUGCUCUUCUACCUGGCGCCCGUCUACCUGGCGGGCUACCUGGGGCUCAGCAUCACCUGGCUGCUGCUCGGCGCCCUGCUCUGGAUGUGGUGGCGCCGGAACCGCCGCGGGAAGCUGGGGCGCCUGGAGGCCGCCUUCGAAUUCCUGGAGCACGAGAGAGAGUUCAUCAGCCGCGAGCUGCGGGGCCAGCACCUGCCGGCCUGGAUUCACUUCCCGGAUGUGGAACGUGUGGAGUGGGCCAAUAAGAUCAUCACGCAGAUCUGGCCCUACCUAAGUAUGAUCAUGGAGAACAAGGUUCGGGAGAAGCUGGAGCCCAAGAUCCGGGAGAAGAGUGCCCACCUCAGGACCUUCACCUUCACCAAGCUCUACUUUGGACAGAAGUGCCCCAAGGUGAACGGUGUCAAGGCACACAUUGACAAAAGCAACCGGAGGAAAGUGACCCUGGACCUGCAGAUCUGCUACAUCGGGGACUGUGAGAUCAGUGUGGAGCUUCAGAAGAUCCGAGCAGGCGUCAAUGGCAUCCAGUUGCAGGGCACCCUACGUAUCAUUCUAGAGCCCCUGCUGGUGGACAAGCCCUUCGUGGGAGCCGUGACCGUGUUCUUCCUGCAGAAGCCGCACCUGCAGAUCAACUGGACAGGCUUGACCAACCUGCUGGACAUGCCGGGUAUCAAUGACAUAUCAGACAGCCUGCUGGAGGACCUCAUCGCUGCCCACCUGGUGCUGCCCAACCGUGUGACUGUGCCCGUGAAGAAGGGGAUGGAUGUAACCAACCUGCGCUUCCCUAUGCCCUGUGGUGUGAUCAGAGUCCAUUUGCUGGAGGCUGAGAAGCUGGUGCAGAAGGACAAUUUCCUAGGGCUCGGAGGCAAGUCAGACCCCUACGCCAAAGUGAGCAUUGGCCUGCAGCACUGCCGGAGCAGGACCAUCUACAAGAACCUGAACCCCAUCUGGAAUGAAGUGUUUGAGUUCAUGGUGUAUGAAGUGCCUGGGCAGGACCUGGAGGUGGACCUGUAUGACGAGGACACUGACAAGGAUGACUUCCUGGGCAGCCUGCAGAUCUGCCUCGGCGAUGUCAUGACGAACAGAGUGGUGGAUGAGUGGUUUGUCCUGAAUGACACAACCAGCGGGAGGCUGCACCUGCGGCUGGAGUGGCUUUCCCUGCUCACUGACCAGGAAGCGCUGAUGGAGGACCACAGUGGCCUCUCCACCGCCAUCCUCGUGGUCUACUUAGAAAAUGCCUGCAACCUGCCGAGAAACCCUUUUGACUACCUGAAUGGUGAAUAUCGAGCCAAAAAACUCUCCAGGUUUGCCAAGAAUAAGGCCAGCAGAGACCCUUCUUCAUAUGUGAAGCUAUCUGUAGGCAAGAAGACCUUUACAAGUAAGACCUGUCCCCACAGCAAGGACCCUGUGUGGAGCCAGGUGUUCCCCUUCUUCGUGCACAGUGUGGCAGCUGAGCAGCUCUGCCUGAAGGUGCUGGAUGACGACCUGGAGUGUGCUCUGGGGGUGCUGGAGUUUCCCCUGUGCCAGAUCCUCCCCUGUGCUGACCUCACCCUUGAGCAGCGCUUCCAGCUGGAUCACUCAGGCCUGGACAGCCUCAUCUCCAUGAAGCUGGUGCUUCGGUUCUUACGAGUGGAGGAACGAGAGCUGGGAAGCCCAUACACUGGACCCGAAGCUCUAAAGAAAGGGCCUCUGUUCAUCAAGAAGGUGGCCACCAGCCAAGGUCACAAAGCUCCACCCCAGGAAAAAGGCCCUGAAGAUGUGACCUGCGCCUCAGACCCUGCCUCUGACAUCAAGGGAGCCUCCAAGGGCACUGAUGCCGCCAUUGUUGCCACCCCAGCCCCUGAGCCUCAGCCCCAAGAGACAGGCUUGGAGCCCAAAGGCAAGGACAGUGCCAAAGAGCCCUGUGAGCCCACGGGGAAGAAGAGGAGCUCAACUACCAUCUUUCUGACUGUCCCAGGCCCCCACUCUCCAGGGCCUAUCAAGUCACCCAGACCCAUGAGCCGCCCUGCCCUCCCAUUCGUAUGGCCACCCACGAGGGUGGCUCCCAGCAUGUCAUCACUCAACUCCCUGGCCUCUUCCUGCUUUGACCUGGCAGAUGUCAGCCUCGACAUUGAAAACGGGGAUCCCAGGCAGCGACGGCUGGGUGAGAUUCAGCUUACGGUGCGCUAUGUGUGUCUUCGACACUGUCUGAGGGUGCUAGUCAACGGCUGCAGGAACCUGACACCAUGUACCAGCAGCGGAGCUGACCCCUAUGUUCGCAUCUACCUGUUGCCAGAAAGGAGAUGGGCAAGCCGAAAGAAGACCUCAAUAAAGCGGAAGACCCUGGAGCCCCUGUUUGAUGAGACGUUUGAAUUUUUUGUUCCCAUGGAAGAAGUACAGAAGAGGUCAUUGGAUGUAGCCGUGAAGAAUAGUAGGCCUCUUGGCUCACAUAGAAGGAAGGAGUUGGGAAAAGUGCUGAUUGACUUAUCAAAAGAAGAUCUGAUUAAGGGCUUUUCACAGUGGUAUGAACUGACUCGAGAUGGACAGCCCAGAAGCCAAUGAUGGAUGAGCUGUUAUCACCAAUAUGUUAGAAAGAGUAAUAUGUGCAUUUUGUCAUUUAAAUCAGAACACACAUUUGAUGGGAGUGUGAACUGUAUGAGCUCUGCAUGACUGGAUAGUAGAGCAAGAGCUAUUUCUGUUAAUUUGAUUAAUUCAAAUCCACAAAGAGACUGUGGUAUUUGUAUUUAAUGAGGCACCAAGACCUCAGUAGUGACUUUUCACUUUGGUGAUUGUUUAGGCCUUGCCUGAAAGUAUGCAAGAGAAAAUGCCCUGUCCCCAACACGGGGUUGGUGGGGCUCUGUUUAGAGCAGCUACCAGCAUUCUUGGGCAGUUUCUGACCAAAGGAAGGUAUUCUUUUGUGGAAAUAAAAAGUGGCCAAAAUUAAAACCAGAGCUAACACUGCUGGAGACCUUCUAGGUGCUGCCUGAUGCUUGGAAGCCUAGCAUUUGCCCUAGUUCUGAUCUGGAGCUACAGUGUAUUUCCCACUGUGUUAGAGUGUUAGAGUGAUAUCCUUAAGUAUACCGAGUUAAAUGCUCUGGGAAAGCCUAGGGACAAACCUCUGGCAUGUGACAUUAUUUCCACAGGAAGAAUUAAGCCCAGUCCCAAGUCUACGUCUGAACUCUGGGUGCUUGAGGCUGCAGAACAGUCACUUCCUAGGAGGAAGGGGCUUUCUGUAUUUCUCUUAGACAAGUUUGGGACUUAGUCCUGCUGUUCCGACAAAAAGAUGGGUCACCCAAAUACACAUGUUAAAAGGAAAAUAUGUAAAUUGUAUAUUUAAACAAGUGCCUUUUACACAUUUCAGUUUGUAAGACCAAAUAGACUUUUUGUUCUCUGAUGUUUCUAGGGUGAUUGUCAAGGUCAUAUCCUCCUCACCUUUUACCCAUUCAGACAACAUUCCGUUUUCUUCAUGUUCCUGUUGUCUUCAGUGAUGCUGUUGUUUUUAUUUCUUCUUCGUAGGGUAUGAGCAGGGGAGAACAUGUGUCAUGGCACACAUGUGGUUGGAGGACAACCUUGUGACAGAGUUAGCUCUAACCCUUUCCAUAGGUUCUGGGCAGGCUGCCCCAGCAAAGCACUUUUACCGAGUGAGCUCCCUUCUCCCAGACCCUUCUCUGAUACUCUUCUAAAGAAUGCAAUAGAGUUGAGUAUGGUUGCGAAUGUCUUUAGUCCUAGCACUGGGAGACAGAGGCAGGUGGACUCUGUGAGUUCCAGGCCAACCAAGGCUACAAAGUGUGAUUGAAUCUCAAAAAAAAAAAAAAAAAA